AAGGGAGUAAAGUCCGUGAGAGAAGACAACUGGGAAGGGAUUCCUGGUUAGGUAGCACUUCCUUGUGACGAGCUGGUUCACGUUUAGUUUUAAUUCUGAACUUAAACUAUUGGAUUGCAUUAAAGCUGGUCGUGUUAACCUGCAUCAGAGAAAUGGACAGUGAACCACAGAGACAAGGCUCAAGGAAUAGUUACCAUGGUGACCAGCAGUCACUGAGGUCACGACAGGUUUCAUCUCGAGUGUCCAAUCAGAAUUACCCACAGUUCAACUGGAGCUCGACUCCCGCAGAGGAGGAUGAAGAGGGUAACAGUAAGAUGCCCCGGGACCUCAGGAGCAGUCCUCUGCACAUGGCGCUGAAAAGAGCUGUGCGGCAGGUGCAGCAAAUGCAGGUUCCUGUGGUUUCCAGCAGGGAGUCAUGGAAACGGAACAAGGCCAAAUCUCUGCGUAAACUCAAAGACAACACCAGAGAAUUUCUCUACUUUUUCGCACUGUGGAGCAAAUCCUUGCAAAAGAUUGGAGGGAACUUUGGAGGUGGCGUCCAGUCCUUUUUCCUGUUGCUGCGAUUCUUGGUGGUCCUCAAUUUUGUUUCCUUUCUACUGAUUGCUGGAUUUGUCCUCAUCCCCAGCAUUGUCUUCAGAUCUGUUGGCACCGGCCUUGUUAACAGCACCGGUCGAGAGGAAUGCAUGGAAUAUGACCCUAAUCCUCAAGGCUUGGUGGUGUUCUAUAAUUACAUCCUUGACUUACUUUCGGGAACGGGUUUUAUGGAGUAUUCAUACAUGUUUUAUGGCUACUACAACAACACAAUGGUGGACGACAACAACUUCUCCUACAACAUCCCCUUGGCGUACCUCUUCACCGCUGUCUUCUACUUCGCUUUUUGUCUCAUUUGUAUCAUAGCACGCAUGGGGACUGCAGCUCGAGUUGCUGUGGCAACGGGAGGCAGUGCUGUGGGCAACUACAGCAUGAUAGUGUUCACCAGCUGGGACUACGGUUGCCUGGGAGACCGAGCUACCAAACUGAAGCAGAAAAACAUCCACUACCAGCUACAGGUGGAUCUGGAGGAGGAGAGGAUAAAGAAAAGGGCAGCCUCUCUGACUUUAAAACAAAAAGUUGUUUUAUACUCUCUACGCGUUCUUAUGUGUUUGGUUGCAUUUGGGCUGAUUAUAGGGGCCUUCUACGGCAUCUUCCUGGCCACGGAGUUCAGCCAGGGAAAAAGUGGGGAGGUAGGAAUCCUGGGUUUGAUUUUCGAGUAUCUACCUUCCAUUGUCAUCACCGCUGGAAACUUCUUGGUACCGCUGAUGUGUGACCAGAUCGCCCUGAUUGAGCGUUAUGCCCCCAGCACGACUGUCAUAGUGGCACUAUUAAGGGCAGUGUUCCUUCGUCUGGUGAGUCUGAGUGUUCUCCUCUUCACCUUGUGGCGUCAGAUCACCUGUGAUGGCAACACAAAAAGUGCAGAGUGUAAACUGUGCGAAUACAACUAUAACUUCUAUCCGUGCUGGGAAACACGUGUAGGACAGGAGAUGUACAAGCUGACGCUGUUUGACCUCCUCAUCAACAUCGCCGUACUCGUUCUGGUGGAGUUUCCACGCAGGAUGGUGGUGGACAACUGGUCCAAUAAGCUGGCUCAGUGGGUUGGUCGGCAGGAGUUCGUAGUUUCCUCCAACGUGCUUGGGCUGGUUUAUGGUCAGACUGUGGUUUGGACAGGAGCUCUUUUUUGCCCUCUGCUGCCGCUCAUCAACACCGUCAAGUUUUUCAUCCUCUUCUACUGCAAGAGGAUCACACUCUUCAAUAAUUGUCGGCCCGCACUAAAGACGUUUCGCUCCACCACCUCCACCUUCUUUUUCCUGGUGGUGCUCCUGUUUGGCUGGAGCCUGGCCACAAUUGUCAUGGUUUACAGUAUUGCUGAGAUCCAUCCAUCCAUGGGUUGCGGUCCUUUCCGUUUCUUCCCCAACAUGUGGUCAAUUGUUCCAAGAUCUUUCUCCAGCCUUUCUGGAACUACAGAGGAGUUUCUCUUCUUCAUUGGUUCCCAGGCAUUUUCCAUCCCUCUGUUUGUGCUAUUUUGUGUGGUGAUGUGUUAUUUCAUAGCUUUAGCCUCUGUCUAUGGGAAAAGUGUUGCCCUGCUAAGAGCUCAGCUUAAGCUGGAAGGCCGUGAUAAGCAGUUCUUGGUCAAGCAGAUUGAGAAGCUGAGUCGACUUCAAAUACCAAAACACACUGCAGGAGUAGGCGAGUGAACAUAUGGACCAUGUUUAGUUCUUACGAAACACGAAACACGAAACAACAGGAUGAAGCAUCUUCAGUGUUGUAUAAUGCUGUCUGGGGUUUCACAGACAAUCCUGCUACAAGAUUAUUUAAUUAAAGAUGUCGAGGUGUUUGUCAGAUUAGACAAAGAGAUAUUUUUUCUAGGAAAAUUUAAAAAAGAGAAAUUAAAACCUGUUCAUUAUUAAUCUGCUUAGGUUUAUGGUUAUAUUACAUAAAUGCCAAUGCAAAGAGUGCCUUUGUUAUAAAUAAUAAGAUGAGAUUCACCACUUUUGUCUGUAUCGUGAAAAUAGAGUUGUAUGUCUUGUUUUUCCUUUUACAUAAUAAAAUUAAAGGAGUUAUAACCAUAGAUAGAUAUAACUUUAUA